AUGCAGUACCCACCACCCCGUCUUCCUCCCCGCCCCCCUCCCCCCCGUCCCGCACCCCGCUCCCUCGGCCAAAACAUGGCUCACACAAUCGGAGUCUUCCAAGCACUCAUUGCGUUCCCCGUGAUGAUACAUGCGGGCGUAUUUACAUUUUGGUGUUUAACGCUGGAUGCCAAUUUUACAAUUUAUGAAUUUGUAAACUCCCUCUCAAAUGCCUUCUUUUCCGCUUCGAUAUUGUUCAUUAUCAUCACUCAACGAGGGGGGAAUAGUGGGGAUAUCAGUAAAGAAUUUAUGGUCUGGUUAGAAGUGGCAAAGAGCGGUUUUGCGAGUGCUGUUUGGCUUUGGUUACUUUUCGAUAGCAUUUUUGGUCCCGUCCAUAACUCCUAUAAUCAACCGCAAUCGCGAACGCCCCGAAUCGCACAGGCGAUCAUUAGUUUUCUUGGUUUACCUUUCCUCUUCUACUCUACUCUCGCCUUCGCUAUUUACGAUCUCAAAACAAGUCGGGAAUCCGAACUGAAUGUGAAUGCAGGGCCAGCAGGGACAGAAGUGAAUGUAGAUGAAGAAGCUGCUGUGGGAGAGAGAUCGCCUCUGUUGAGUAGGGAGUAAUUCUCUAAUAUAGAAUGUUGAGUGCGUUUAACAAUUUGGGUUUGCGGGAUGGUUGUAUAGAUGGAUUGGAGAAAGUGAAAUUGGGAAAAGGAAGAGAGAUGAGGGAAGAGAAGAUAAUGAGCAUCAAAAUACUGAAGAAAUGUGAUAUAGAGAGCAUUGCAAGGUUUGUGACAGCGGCAUCAUGUGGAAAAGGAGAGGCAACAAAGUGAGAUUAGAAAUUUGAAACGGGUAUCAUGUUGGCUAUAACAUUUCAAUAUCGCCAGUGCUGCCAUUAAAUCCGUCAAUCUCUAACCCAGAUUCGUUGGUUCGAUUGUUGCGAGCUUGAGUGUUGCU